CCACAAAAUACACUACAAAAAUAUCUCACAAAAUAUCGAAAUAAAAAAAUAUAUACAUAUAAAACAUAUAAAAAAAAUGGAUCUGGAUGAAGAAGACAUCUACUGGCCUCCACAAAACACGAAUACAUUCGGCAUACCAAAUGAACCGGAACUGCUCAAUGAGUAUGAGCUGUACAAGCCUUCGAAGGGCACGCGCAUGCUAAUCAGCGAGCGAAAUCGAGAGGCCUAUGCGGAGGCUUUUAUAGAAAAUCAGCGUCUCGGUACUUUGGCGGACUUAUGUGUGCGUAUCUUGGCCAAGCGGGGAACGAGGAACAUUGCCUUGCCCGUGCAGCAGGAUCCACUGAAGCUGCGAAUUCAUUAUGAUUCAAUCGAUGUCGAUUUACCUCUAAACAGGUGCUAUUUUGUCGAUGAUUUACGAUACUGGCAGCGGGUGGUACUGUCCAAGUCAUCUGAUAAGUCACUGCAUCAUAAAAAGAUUCAUGAAUACGACUGGAGGGGCACGGGCCUUAGUAUUAAGUUUAUCGAGUUAGUCGAAGCUUGUCCUGCUGAGUUUUGGCCUGAAGCCAAAAUGGCAAAGCUCGCUCGGAAAAUACGGGAUAGUGUUCGAUCAAUGCAUAUUAAACAUUUGCAAUCUCUCAAGGACUAUUCCUUCGAACAGUAUAUACAAAGCGAGUCGGAAAUUGAUGUCACAUCGGAAGAAUCAGAUGAGGUAAUAAUAUCUAGCGAUGAACCCGACACAGUUGAAGAGGAAGAGGAAGCCGAAGAAGAGCACGAAACAAUACACAAUGCGAGCAAAAGACCCUCGGCGACCCUUGGCUUAGUAAAAUCGACGCACUCAGCUCAGUAUCAAGAGAAACAACAUGUCACAGGAAAGUCUGUUGGGCUUAUGCCGGCGGUUGAUGAUUUGGAUCAGGGUGACGACCUAGGUAUUGACGAACGAACUAUGGAACGUCGAAAAGCUCGAUAUGCUCGGAAUGCACAAAGGCAGUUACUGAGGGAUCUGCAGUUGCAAAAGAAAGAAGAGCAUGAUCGACGCCUGCGUCGCCGUUCUCUUUUGCGGAAGCCUCGUGUGGAGGAAACGGUAGUAAAAAAACGCAGGCGCAAGAAAAAAAUCAGGGGUGUGUUUGAUAUUGAAGUAGAACCGGAGCCUGAUGAUGGCGAAGACAAAAUUCCAGAUAAGCGGAACAAGGAAAAGCUGUUACAACGCAUCAAGCGUUACAAUUAUCCAUCGGAGCAUUGCCACCAUAUUGAUUUGAGUUUUGUACGAUGGUUCGACAAUCUUGUAUCAUUCACUUUGGAGUUUCUGGGACCCCAUAUGGGUCUAGAUUAUCACAAUCGGCAUUUGAACUUCUCUUUAGAUGACAUAAUACGUCUUUCAAAGGGUCUGAGAUCAUUAGACAAGUUGAAAAUUUUUCGAUUGCGCAAUAGCCGCAUGGAUAAUAUUAAAUUACAGAUCUUGGCACGCGCUUUGAAGAGCUUGGACACGAUUGAAGUAAUUGAUCUCGGAUUCGAUCAGCUGUCUGAUGAUUGCGGAACCUCGUUGGGAACAUUAUUUGAAAACGAAAACUCCCUCAAAGUAUUAGAAUUGGAAAACAAUCGGUUGAGCAAAGCCGCCAUGGAUUCCCUAGGUAUUGCACUCAGUUUUUAUGAUCAUCACAAUUUGGAGUAUCUGGGCUUGGCGCACAAUCCUUUAGGAGAUGAAGGACUGAGUGCCAUAUGCAGAUACAUCCUGGGAACUAAUCAUGUAGAAGAACUUAAUCUGUCAGGCAUCGAUGCUACUAGGAUAGCUGUGCAACGCUCAGUUGCCACAUUGUUGAGAAAUCAUGAGCCACUACGUCGCUUACAUAUUGCGGCUAUACCCUUGGAUCCGCACCUUACAAAAGGCAUUAUUCGGGCCUUGGAGACCAAUCACAAAGUUGUACAUUUCGAUUGCCGUGAGUGUGGCUUUGACAGUGAUGAGGAGUUCGAAGCAGACCUUAUAGUUCGACGUAACAACUUUGAGUUGGAUAACACAUAUUUGGGCGAUACUACCAAAACUGAGGAAGAUAUCAUGGAGUACAUUAAUAAUGUUAGACAUCCAAUAUUGCAAAAAGUUGAGAACAACAUUUCGUGCCAAGAUGAAUGCAUAAAAAAUCGUCCUGAUAAAACACCAAGUGAGCCUAGCGUGGAGGAAGAAGAGGUGGAGGAGGAGUACGAUAUAUGGGCUGUGCUGGGGAUCAAAGCAAGCUUGGCGCCCCAUAAACCCGAACCGGAGCCAGAGCCGGAACCACCGCAAGUGGAGGAAUCAGAGCUCGAUUUGGGCCCCUUUGUGUAUGACCCUAAUUCUUUUGAUAUGGACCAGUUUAGAGAGUUCGUGAAUAAUCCAGGUCCAGAAAACCGUUUCGAAUACUUCCAAAAGAAUAAAGAACCCUAAAAAGGA